GCCAUUUUCAUACGAUCGACAUUGUGAGUUUUAGACAAAGAUGGGUCAAAUUCAAAGCGAUGAAGAUGAGGAAGUGGAACUAGCAGACAUCCAGCCUCUUUAUACCAAAUUCAUGACGGUGUGCCCAAGCGGAGCCCUGCAUCUUCACGAAUUCCGCAAGAUCUUCGGAGUUCAGAGCACAUCAGAAGAUGAGGCUUUGUACAUGGAAACCCUCUUCAAAUCGUUUGACACAAACAGGGAUAAUGUUAUAGACUUUAUGGAAUUUGUAGCAGCAGUCCACCUGGUUCUGAGAGGAAAACUGGAGGACAGACUGAAAUGGUCUUUUAAAGUCUAUGACAGAGAUGACAGCGGAAAGUUGGACAGACAAGAAGUCAAACGUGUUAUAAAGGUAAGAGUGCUCUGGAGUCCCGUUCUCAUCUUUUUUAUUUCCUCCUCUAAUGGGUUUCUCGCUUUUUACUUCUAG